GAAACUAGGUUCUUACAUGCCUCACAACAUAAUUAUUUUCAAUCAUCGCAUCGAAAAUUAGCGUAAGAUUUUGAUAUAAUCCACAAUUAAUUAACAUGAAUCAAGUAUUUUAGGACAAGUGUUUGAUACUGAUAGAUGGCUCAUCAAUUUUACUUUUAAGAGAUUUUUUUUUUCAUGCACUCAUCUAUUAUGUCCAAGUGGCUAGGCAGAAUAUUUAUGAAUUAACUAUUGAUAAUAAAAAGAAAAAUUAUUGGGCGAGGGCGACCCCAGCCACAAAGGAAUAUCCCACUUCUGGUCCCCUCUGUUCUUCUUUUAUUAUAUCAAGGAAGAAAAAAAAAAAGAAAAAGAAAAAAACUAUUUUAUAGAGAUUGCAGAACUUGCCAACACGGCAGUUUCCUGUUUCCUGUCUGGCUCCCUCUCUCUCUCUCUCGCACAUUUUCACAAACAUAUGGAGGACGUUAAAUCUAUAAGCUCGAAAGGGCACGUUGUGUUACCAUCUUUCCAGUUUUACAUGCCCAUAGCUCCAUCAUCUCACCGAUUUCAAUAAAACCACAUUAAUUACACGUGCCAAUUAAUAGCCAAUAAUAAUAUCUGGGUUAAAUUUCCUUUAGCACCAGUAUUCCUCCCCGCCAUUUUGUUGCCUUAAAUCAUCAAUUUCUUUAGUCUUUUGCAUUUAGAAGACACCCUUGCCUUCUUUUAAAUCUUUCACAUUUCCUUUUUUUUCAGUUUUUGACACUUACUCCUUCUGUCUCCUCUUUCACUAAUUCAAGUCAAAUUGGCUUUCCCUCUAUUGGAAACCGUUUCUAUUUAUAAUUUCUUCUUCUUUCUCAUUACGGGGUCAACACACAGAGAUCUAAUAGCCCAUUUCAUUAAACUCAUGCUCGAACCCAAAAUUAGUGCUACGCUUUUUAGCAAAUUCUUGGGAACCUUGUUUUAAUCAUGUCCGGAGCGGGUCACGCCGUGGACCACCGUGUAGGUUUGCCGGAAAUGGAGAAGAACCAGAAUCCGAAUCCGAACCGCUCCGGCUGUUGCAACCCGGUUAAGAAACCCGGUCCGAUAACAAUGGAUCAUGUGUUAUUAGCAUUGCGAGAGACAAAAGAAGAGAGAGAUUUGAGGUUAAGGAGUUUGUUUAAUUUUUUUGAUGCCAAAAAUAUUGGUUAUUUGGACUAUGCGCAGAUCGAGGUGGGUUUAUCGGCGUUGCAGAUUCCUGGGGAGUAUAAGUAUGCCAAGGACUUAUUGAAGGUUUGUGAUGCUAAUAGAGAUGGAAGGGUUGAUUAUCAGGAGUUCAGGAGGUAUAUGGAUGAUAAAGAGCUCGAGUUGUACAGGAUAUUUCAGGCUAUUGAUGUUGAACAUAAUGGAUGCAUUUUGCCUGAAGAGUUGUGGGAUGCUCUUGUUAAGGCUGGGAUUGAAAUUGACGAUGAGGAGCUUGCACGCUUUGUAGAGCAUGUUGAUAAGGAUAAUAAUGGAAUUAUAACUUUUGAAGAAUGGAGAGAUUUUCUUUUGCUCUAUCCACAUGAAGCUACAAUUGAGAAUAUAUACCAUCAUUGGGAAAGGGUAUGCCUUGUAGAUAUUGGAGAACAAGCUGUCAUUCCAGAAGGCAUCAGUAAGCAUGUUCAUAGGAGUAAAUAUUUUAUCGCAGGGGGAAUAGCAGGAGCUGCUUCUCGCACUGCAACUGCUCCUCUUGACCGCCUAAAGGUGGUUUUGCAAGUUCAGACAGAAGACGCGCGUCUUGUUCCUGCUAUAAAGAAGAUAUGGAAAAAAGAUGGUGGUUUCUUGGGCUUCUUCCGUGGUAAUGGGUUAAAUGUCGUGAAGGUAGCACCUGAAAGUGCUAUUAAGUUUUAUGCUUAUGAACUGUUAAAGAAUGUCAUUGUAGAUAUUAAUGGGGGAGACAAAGAUGUUAUAGGUCCUGGUGAGAGACUUUUGGCUGGUGGUAUGGCUGGUGCAGUGGCACAAACUGCCAUUUACCCUUUAGAUCUCGUGAAAACUCGAUUGCAAACUCACCCUUGUGAAGGUGGAAAGGUUCCAAAAGUGGGAGCACUAACAAGGGAUAUAUUGGUUCAGGAAGGACCUCGGGCAUUUUAUAAAGGUCUUGUGCCAUCUCUUCUUGGGAUUAUACCUUAUGCUGGCAUUGAUCUUGCUGCCUAUGAGACGCUGAAAGAUAUGUCAAAGACAUAUUUUCUGCGAGAUACUGAACCGGGUCCUCUUGUGCAAUUGGGUUGCGGGAUGUUCUCAGGAGCCCUCGGAGCAACAUGUGUUUACCCUUUGCAGGUUAUCAGAACCAGAAUGCAAGCUCAACAUUAUAAUUCUGCUGCUGCUUAUAAGGGGAUGUCUGAUGUAUUUUGGAGAACACUCCAGAAUGAAGGUUAUAAGGGUUUCUACAAAGGAUUAUUUCCAAACCUUCUCAAGGUUGUGCCAGCUGCAAGCAUAACAUAUUUGGUUUAUGAAGCCAUGAAAAAGAGUCUAGAUCUAUGAUUGAGAGCAUUAAAUUGUUCCCUAUGGCCAGUAAAUGGAUCUCAGAUAUGGAAACAGUGAUGCUGUUGAUGACGAAAAGAAUAAUAGGAUUUACUAGUCUAGUAGGUAAUACAAAUUGUUUUGAGUUAUACUAUAGCCGUAACCCCCCUUCAAGAAAUGGGGCACAUAGUUUUGUUAGUUGAAGAGGUUUUUCCGGAAGCUUAUUUGGAGUUAGUGUUGAGAAACAGGAAUUAUAUAACAUCAUUAUAUCUGACUGCAAGGUGAUGGUCUUUUCCUUUUCCUUGCCAUCCCCACUUUGUUUCAUACUUUUGAUAACGUCAUAUCUAAGAUGACAGAAAAGGAACUAUAUUUUGUUUUAUGAGAACUCUUUAUUUCCCAAUACAGUCUGUUUAGCGUGUAGGGAAAGACGGUCAGCUAUAAUCAUCUUUGUACUAUGUGAAUUAGAUGAGUUUUUAUGCACAGACAGCAGUAAAUUGGAUAUGGUGAAAUAUCCGAACGGGACAUAUGGCGCAUGUCAAAGCCUUCCACAGAGGGGAGGUAGAGUCUGUAUCAUCAACAUGAGUUUGCAUUUCUACUGUAUUUUCUCUGUUGUGAUCAUCAACUACUUCUACCUGUAAGCUACAAUAUCAUUGCAUGAUCUUUUUUUGUAUGUUCAGUCA